AUGGGAAUAAAUUGUCUCUGGUUUCAUCCAUCAGAUGUCUGUKAUCUCACAUUGGACCUAAACACAGUACACAGACUCCUCUCUCUGUCUGAGGAGAACAGAAAAGUGGCAUGUAGCAGAGAGAAGCAGCCGUAUCCUGAUCACCCAGAGAGAUUUGAGGACUGGGAACAGGUGCUGUGUAGAGAGGGUCUGACUGGGCGAUGUUACUGGGAGGUAGAGUGGAGUGGGAGAAGGGCUGAUAUAGGAGUGACAUAUAAAGGAAUCAACAGGAGAGGAGGGGGUAAGGACUGUUGUCUUGGAUGUAAUGACAAGUCCUGGAGUCUGAUCUGCUCUGACAACAGAUACACUGCCAAGCACAAUUAUAAUCCCACUACCAUACACAUCCCCCCCUCCAACUCCCACAGAGUAGGGAUUUAUCUGGACUGGCCAGCCGGCACUCUGUCCUUCUAUAGAAACUCCUCUGACACACUGACCCACCUGAUCACAUUCACCUCCACAUUCACUGAGCCCCUCUAUCCAGG